UACACAUUAUAACACGUCACUCAGCCCCAUCAAGGUAUAUCUUUUCAUGGCGGAGGGAAAUGGCGGUUUCAGCAGCUCCGGAUGGUCUCUCAGAGGCACGACCGCUCUCGUCACCGGUGGCACUCGUGGAAUCGGAUAUGCGGUAGUAGAAGAGCUGGCUGGACUGGGUUCCACCGUACACACCUGUUCACGGAACGAAGCAGAGCUCGAUAAAUGCUUGCGCGAGUGGCAUGCUAAGGGUUUUGCAGUGACUGGUUCGGUUUGUGAUGGGUCGGAUCGAGCCCAGCGUGAGCAGUUGAUGGAGAAGGUCUCUUCCAUUUUCAAUGGGAAGCUUAAUAUCCUGAUAAAUAAUGUGGGGACAAAUAUCAGGAAACCAACAGUUGAUUUCACUGCUGCAGAAUAUUCAACAAUCAUGACUACCAACCUUGAAUCUGCUUACCAUCUGUGCCAACUUGCCCACCCUCUUUUAAAAGCAUCUGGAGCAGGAAGCAUUGUGUUUAUUUCCUCUGUUGCAGGUGUGUUGAGUUUGGGUACUGGAUCAAUUUAUGCAGCAACAAAAGCUGCAAUGAAUCAACUUACAAAGAAUUUAUCUUGUGAGUGGGCAAAAGACAAUAUCAGGAGCAAUAGUGUUGCACCCUGGUACAUCAAGACCUCUCUUGUUGAACAUUUGCUACAAAAGCAAGACUUCUUUGAAAGUGUAAUCUCCAGAACACCCCUCAGACGACCAGGAGAGCCGAAGGAGGUCUCAUCUCUGGUGGCAUUCCUUUGCCUUCCUGUGGCUUCUUACAUCACAGGGCAGGUUAUUUGCGUGGACGGUGGAAUGUGGUCUCUCAGAGGCACCACCGCUCUCGUCACCGGUGGCACUCGUGGAAUCGGAUAUGCGGUAGUAGAAGAGCUGGCUGGACUGGGUGCCACCGUACACACCUGUUCACGUAACGAAGCAGAGCUCGACAAAUGCUUGCGUGAAUGGCAUGCUAAGGGUUUUUCAGUGACUGCUUCGAUUUGUGAUGGGUCGGACCGAGCCCAACGUGAGAAGUUGAUGGAGAAGGUCUCUUCCAUUUUCAAUGGGAAGCUUAAUAUCUUGGUAAAUAAUGUGGGGACAAGCUUCAGGAAGCCAACAGUUGACUACACUGCUGCAGAAUAUUCAACAAUCAUGACUACCAACCUUGAAUCUGCUUACCAUCUGUGCCAACUUGCACACCCUCUUCUAAAAGCAUCUGGAGCAGGAAGCAUUGUGUUUGUUUCCUCUGUUGCAGGUGUGGUGAGUUUGGGUACUGGAUCAAUUUAUGCAGCAACAAAAGCUGCAAUAAAUCAACUUACAAAGAAUUUUGCUUGUGAGUGGGCAAAAGACAAUAUCAGGAGUAAUAGUGUUGCUCCCUGGUACAUCAAGACCUCCCUUGUUGAACAUUUGCUACAGAAGAAAGACUUCUUCGAAGGGAUAGUCUCCCGAACUCCCCUUGGGCGCCCAGGAGAGCCGAAGGAGGUUGCAUCUCUGGUAGCAUUCCUUUGCCUUCCCGUGGCUUCUUACAUCACAGGGCAGGUUAUUUGCGUGGACGGUGGAAUGACUGUGAAUGGUUUCUAUCCCACCAUCUGAAAGAGGAACUCAGCCAGCUUUCCGGAAUAAUUUCAUUCUCUCUGGACUGUUACAUCUUCAUAGAUGAAUUCCUUAAGUUUAUAAUCUCCGUUUUCCAGUUGAUGUUUAUAUUAUGCUCCUACAAGUGUUUGUGAACGCUUCUUAAUGAGAUGUUCAGAAAAAUAUGCUUCAUUCAAA